AUGCUAAAGGCGACCUCAGUGCUCGGGCUUGGCCUUAUUUCGAUUGUCCUGGUCGGCUUUCUCGGGGUCUAUCAUACUGCUCAUCCGGCAAAAUCACCGAAAGCUUAUACUGCCGCAGAUUAUCACGAAAGCAUCACAGAGCUGUUAAUUUCAAAUGUGAGGGGCAGUGAAAUUGCCAAAAAUCUCCGGGAGCUGACUACGCUACCGCAUCCAGCUGGAACGAAAGCGAACAGUAAAGUUGCCGAUAAAAUUCACGAACUCUGGAAAGCUAACGGUUUAGAAAAUGUGCACUUUGUGAAAUACGAUGUCCUCCUAUCUUACCCGGAUUACGAUAACCCAAAUCAUUUAUAUAUUCUGGACAAAGACGGGCAAAUACAGUACAUGACCAAAGGUAUUAGUCCCCCACUAAUUCCCGAGGAGCAAAGUGCCCAAGCCGUAGCGGUACAUUUGCAGGAGCAGGAGUACAAUGGUUAG